GCACACAAGACAGAACAGGUUUAACCAGGACAUGCGAGAACUUAUACGAACCUUUCGAUACCCAACCAGCGAUACCCAGAUCACAAGAAUACCGCCCCCCCCCCCCCCAACAGAGCAACACUUACCUCUCACAAGCCCAGCAACCGCGCCUCUCUACUCUCCUCCCCUUCUCCAAAGCAACCCAACAAAAUGAACCGUCUCUUCGGCAGCUCCUCCAAAACCCCGCGGCCGACCCUAAACUCAGCCAUCUCGGGCGUCGACGAGCGCAUCUCCUCCAUCGACGUAAAGCUCGCCUCCCUUAACGCCGAGCUCCAGACCUACCAGACCAAGCUCUCGCGCAUGCGCGAGGGCCCCGGCAAGACGGCCCUGAAGCAAAAGGCCCUCAAGGUCCUGCAGCGGCGCAAGGCCUACGAGGCGCAGCGGGACCAGCUGCAGUCGCAGGUCUGGAACAUGGAGCAGGCGGGCAUGAUGCAGGACAACCUCAAGAACGUCAUGACGACGGUGGACGCCAUGAAGACGACGCAGAAGGAGCUCAAGCGCCAGUACGGCAAGGUCGACAUCGACCGCAUCGAGCGCCUCAACGACGAGAUGGCCGACCUCAUGGACGUCGGCAACGAGAUCCAGGAGAGCCUCGCGCGCAGCUACGACGUGCCCGAGGACGUCGACGAGGCCGAGCUCGACGCCGAGCUCGAAGCCCUGGGCGCCGAGGUCGACCUCGAGAGGGAGCUGGGCGGCGGCGAGGCCCUGCCCGGGUUCAUGCAGGACGAGGUGCCUGACUUUAUUGACGAGCCGCCCGCGACCGAGGCCGGCAAGGCGGUCAAGGAGGCUGCUGGGUAG